UCUGUCAAACUGAGUGGUGUCAUUUGCUUGCUCACCUCACCUCAAGUGUUCAUCAAAAAUACCUACCUAAUUUCAUAAAUUGUUUCAAGUAGAUUUUGCUAUUUGCUUGCAUGCCAAACAGUAUUUUUCAAAAACAGAUGACUUUUGGGAACGACAGCACGCUCAACUGGAACUCUAAUAUUGAAUGCAAUGGCCAUCUUAUAUUUAGAAAUAUGACAGGAAAUAGAAAAAGGUCUCGAGAAGAGGACGCUUGUGAAUUCAUGCCUCUGUCAAAAAGGAUUAACAACUUGCAUAUCAACAAUAAUUUGACGAGUCCUAUACCUCAGCCUUCAGAUUCUAGUCAGAACAGUGCCAUAGCAACAGAAAAUGGAAUCUCAUCUCCAAGUCCAUUAUCUGAUACCGAAAGAAGACCCAGCUAUGAUCCUGGGAUCAACUCAUCAGACAGUAGAUAUUACUAUGAAAAUAAGUUGUUGUUCGAAUUGCACUUAGAAAGGAUACAAAGAUCUGGGCAGCAAUUCCCUUUUUAAUUAACAUUAGGGUAGUGUAAUUAAAAUUUUGUUAAGCCUAUUAUUAAUUAAAUACGUGUGUUUAAAUUAU